GAACUCGUUACGCGUCAUAAUGGUGAGUUCACAAUAGCGUAGCUGUCAUUCUCCGCCAAAAUACUGCUUUGCUUCACUUGUUGCAACUUCUCAGUUAGAUAUAGCCUACACGCUUGUUUUUCCGUUUCGAUUAUAUUUGAAUAUAUAUUUUUCAAAUCGUAAUUUUCCUAAUUUGAUACUAUAUUAUAUUUUAAGUUCAGGACGUUUAACUUCAGCCCAUUAUCAUCACAAUUUUGAAAUGUAGCUCCAGUCAGUGAAUUGGAUAUUUUCAGUUCUAUGGAUUCCCAAAGCCUUAAAGAGGAGUUGGAUAGACUCCAUGCCCAAAACCAGGAGAUGAAACACAUAAUGCAGCAGCUCCUGAGGGAAAACCUGGAACGGAUGCAGUACACUGGCUCCCAGACCUGCUUCCCGGCAUGUUGUCAUCAUCAGCUGCUUCACCCACAUCUCCAUCCUCAUCUUGUGCCUGUGAUGCUGCCAGGCCACAAUCCCACAAUGCUCUGCGGCUCUCUCCAGCCGCUCAGAGCCGGUGUAGCGUCUGGUCAGCAUGAGCUGUUGCCCCCCAUCACCCCUGCACGUGCCCAGCAGCAGCAGUCUUCUGGCUCAUUCCCCUCCUUGCCUGCGCUUGCCCAGGGCCAGGACCCGGUCCAGUUGUGGCUAGGUGACAGUCGGCUCUCUGCAAUUCCGCAAGGAGGUGCUCCGCGUCCCCUAGGCAGGAGGAAUUUGACUGGCCUUGAUCGCGCUCACCCGCUGAUGCCACUCCAUCACGACAGAGCCCCGAGUGGCGUUGCCAAUGGCAGUAUGGCACCUGCUCCACCUGUCAUUGCCAAGGCAACGGGUGAAAGUCAGAACAACGAGCCGAAGAAGAUCAAGGCCAGGCGCUGCAUCAAAACUGUCCAAGAUGUUGGCCUGAAAACCAGCAGUCACCAGAACAUGGGGUGUGUGCUGGAACCCCUAAACGUCCACCAGAUCCCUGAGAACCUCCAACUGGAGGCCCUGCGUGUUGCUGAGGAGAUUAGACUCACUAGUCUCCGCUGUAACAGUGUCCUCAGUGGCAAUGCCAGCGCUUCAGACCGUGCAGGCAGUUCUACGAGCAGCCUCAGCCCUGUGGACCUCAGGACCCCGUCCGCACUGCGCGCUCUGCCCUUCCUCAACACCCCCACUCCACCCAUUGCCCAUGCUGUCCCCUCCCCCCCAGAGACAGCCAAACCUCAGACAACCAAUCAGAGACGGUUCGUCAGUAGACUACCCCGCCUCAAGAAGACGGCUUCAGUUAGUGUGGCCACUGCUGUGACAGAGCAAAAGUCAGUGGAGUGUCUGGCAGGGAAGGAGGAAGUGAGGGAGUGUAAGGAGGUGAAGAAGAAGAGAGUGAUAGAGAAGCAAACAAGCAACACCCAGCAGAUCAGGGAGCUCCCUGAGCUGGCCAAGCUGCCCCCUGUGUCCUGUCCCGAGGAGGCCAUCCUGCAGGCCUUCAGGCUGCUCAGAGAGGAUGACUGGCAGCAGAAGAUCGAGGCCCUGAUCUCCAUCAGGUCUCUGUCCCAACACCACGCUGAGGUGCUGCUGCCCAGGCUGCAUGAUGUGUGUCUGGCCGUCUACCACGAGGUGAAGAACCUGCGCUCGAUGGUUUCCCGCGCUGCCAUGGUGACCCUGGCCCACCUGCACGCUCACCUGGGGCGAGGCAUGGACACGGAGGCCGAGGGCACAGCCCAGACACUGCUGCCGAAAGCUGGAGAGGCCAGCGGCUUCAUCAGGGAGGACAUGGAGCUGGCACUGGGGUACAUGGUGCUCAACGUUACCCCCUCUCGCAGCAUGAACGCCCUCAUCAACACAGGGCUCAGGCACCGUAAUGCGGCCGUGAGGAAGACCACUGCACAGUUCCUGGAGAGACUGGCAGAGGUCAUGGGGGCAUCCCGCGUCUUGUCUGGCAAAAAGAACCUGACUGACCGCUUUAUCCACUCCAUCAGCUGUCUGGCCCUCGACAGUGCACAGGAAGUCAGGACCCAUGCCCGUAACACGCUGGCAUUCUUGGCUUCCCAUCCUGACCUUAUCAAGAUGGUGGACAGGUUCGCCCCUCAGAGAGAUCAAGGCACUGUCAGGGACGUCAUCAACAAAUGCCAAAAAAAAAAUAUUCAUUGAAGUGAACAUCCAAGCUGGAAAAAUGCAAUAAUGAAUACUGGUCUACACACAAACCGUAACAUUUUUAAAAAUGUGCCUUAAGCAAUGCACCAUCCCUACAUAGUCGCUGAUCCAAAUUAAGAAGGACUUCUGGCAUCAACAAAGGAUCAUCUAGACCAGCAGAAGCCCACCAGCAGCAUUCCAGCAAGACCAAGCUCCUCCUCCCAUUCCAGUUUGCUCUCAUUCACUCUCAAGCAGCUCUACAGCCCCCAACCAGCUGCAGCAUUCAAACAUCUAUUUUUACAUAGGCCUAAUUUGUAUUUUGUUUCUUUUUCACAUCUUUCAGUUUCCUUUUUCUGAAACACGUUAAAAAUAAAGGGGAACAAAGUGUA